UCAAAUGCUAAGCACACUCUUUGGUGCAGAACGUCUUGGUGUGUGGCCUGAAAAGCCUGUCCUCUUUUGGUUUCAAGAAGUCAGAUAUUGUUCCUUUCUGUCCUCAUUCUUCCUGCCUGGUCUAUGCUGCUUCUUUCCAAAUGGGAAGAGUGAAUGCAGCAGUCUACCCUCAAUGAUCCCCUGGGCUAGGUCAGGAAAGUUUGCUACAGUGCUUGCUCAUUGUUUGGAGAGUAGAGUAUGUGGUGCUGCACUAUAAUGUCUGAAUCCUCUACCUCUUCCAAUGUGAGCAGAUGAGGAGGAGGAGCUUCUGCUGUGUCUUAGAUUGGUUGUGUCUUAGAUCGGAAGAAAACACAACAGUAUUUUUUUGCUGUCUGGGGAACACUGCUGUAGGAUGUACUAAUUUUCAUCCACCUGGGAGAGGAGGAGGAAUUAUUUACUGACAAUGAGCUAAUUGCAGUAAUAUAUAGACCAGUUGCCUUUGAGGUUUGAAAGAAAUUAGGGGUUAAUAUUGGGAUUGAGGCCACUUCAGUCUUUGUUGUCUUUUUAAGGUUGUGAGCCACAUUGCCAGGAAAGCAUUAUAUGGAGAAUAAAAAGGGGAUUUGGGGAUGCAUUGUUGUCUCCAGUCACUACUUGUGAGCUUUGGAAUACCUAUUUGGAUACUGUUAGAUGAGGAGGUCUCAACCAGGUGGACCUUGAUCUGAUUUUCCAGAGCAGAGGUGCGAGAACCUCUGGUUCUCCACAUAUUGGACCAUAACUCUCAUGAUCAUCCCAUAUUGUUGAAUCACAGGUCCCUCAUCUCAGCUCUAGAAGGAUUAAGUGAGAAAAACAGUUGUGUGGGAUGGUUACAGGUAGGUAGCCAUGUUGGUCUGAGUCGAAGCAAAAUAAAAAAAUUCCUUCAGUAGCACCUUAAAGACCAACUAAGUUUAUAUUUUGGUAUGAGCUUUCGUGUGCAUGCACACUUCUUCAGAUACAGUGUGGGAGACUGUUAUCUCCAGAAUUGAAUCUGAGCUGCAUCACACAUUAGAGAAGCUAUAAGCUACCUCUGAACACUCAUGAGCUUCUGUGUUCUGACCCCUGACCUCAGGUUCCCAGGAGUAGAGGCAGUGCUCUCCAAAUACUUGAAUCUGUGCUAAAAAUAGCAAAAUUUUCAACUGUGGGAUUGGAGUGUGGGAGAGACAUUAAACAAAACAAACACGACUGAGCAAAAUCCUUAUCAACUUCAUGAUUAUAAACAUGCAGAAACAUGAUCCUAAUAGUAUUAACUUCUUUUUAAAGCUUAAAGAUAACCUCACUGGCAGGAUAAGUUGUAAAACCUGUACCUCCGGUGAACGUAGACCUCUAGAUGUUUCAAUGCAGCUGGGUGUGACUUGCCUGUCAAGUAUGUUGUUGCUGUGAUAAUUGUCCCAUCAUAAAUACUUUCUGCGCUGGCAGCUGAUUUCAAGCUUUUGGAGUAGCCAAUAGGGUGGCUAGCUUCAACUUCCUGCCCAUGGAACUUGGUCUCUAGCUGCAUAAAUGUGCAUGCACACAUAUAAAAGGCCUAAUAAAAGUAGUGUGCCGCUAUAAGAAAUGACUCACAAGGUCAUGCUUCUGUACUGUCCAAUUACAGUGGUGCCUCGCUUUACGAAUGCCUCACACAACAAAAAACUUGCUAGACGAAAGAGUUUUGCGUUGUGCGAGGCAUUCGUAAGACAGCAAAAUUUUCUAUGACCGCUGCUUCGUCUUACGAAGUGCGGCCAUAGAAAGCGGCAAAGGAAGAUCAGCUGUCAGCACGGGAAACUGACAGCUAAUCUUCCUUUGCCAGGGGGGACGGAGCCGAAACGUGGCGGUGUGGCGGCUGCCCCUGCCUGUCUUCCCCUUGGCUCGGGGAAGACAGGCAGGGUCAAACAGCGCCCACUGCGAUUCUGCUCUGUCCCCCGCCGCCGCCUCUCGCGCCUGCACCCCCCGGCACGGAGCGCAACUUCGGAGACCUAUGUAUUGGUGGCUUACGAAGUUGUCGUAAGCCACCAAUACAUAUUUUAUUAUUCAGUCACAGACCCAGUAAAUCAUAAGCCAUAAAUCAGCUUGUUUGCCAAGUGAGCCUGGUUUGCAACCCAAAUUUGAAAAAUAAGGCAACUCAGGGAGGGUAUAGGGAAGAGCAGGGUAAACAGAGAGAGCAAAGGUUUACAACCAAACAGAGGCAGUGAUAAGGAGAAGAAGCGAGAUAAUGAGGUCCUUUGUUUGUUUGUUUGUUUGUUUGUUUGUUUGUUUGUUUAAAAGGAGAAGAGGAGGAGACUGAACGUAUGAGUUGUAUGUGUCUGGAUAUAAAAUUGCAACCGCUCUUUGCUUGCCAUUUCUCUGAAUAUUUGUGGCAGCCUGGGCAAACACUUGGAUCAAAUCCUGUUGUGGCUCUUUCCAUGAAUAUUCUUCCCCUCAACAACUCCUUUUUGCAAACUGCUGAGGUUCAGGGCUUGAAAUGUGGUGGUAUUUACUUUGGAGAUGAAGUGGUUAAUACUUGCAAAAGGAUGUCAGGAAAUUGAAUAAACUGGGAGCAGCAUUCUGGUCUCAUGAUGUUGAGAUUAAGAGUAUCCAUUGCAAUUGGCAAGAGAGAGUGUGAAUGAACAGCUCUGGGGUCCCUCAUCUCUCUUUAGCAGGCAGAAGGUUAGUCUGAAAAAAGCUUGGCUCAGAGGCUUCUACAGCAUCCCCUGCCCUCUAGUUCCUUGGGGAUCAAAAUGUCCAACCAUCACAUGGCGCACAUGGGCCAUGAUAUGAAUAGCUCAACAACGCCCACCCCAGAUCCUCACGCACACCAUCAUGCCAUGACAUCAUCGGGGCAUAUGCAUGACGGAGGAAUGAUGAUGAUGGAUAUGACCUUCCACUUUAGUUAUAACAAUGUGCCUUUGCUGUUUUCCGGGCUUGUCAUCAACACUGCUGGAGAAAUGGCUGGUGCAUUUGUGGCCAUCUUCCUCCUGGCCAUGUUCUACGAAGGCCUGAAGAUUGCCCGAGAGAGCCUCCUUCGGAAGUCGCAAGUCAGCAUCCGCUACAACUCCAUGCCAGUUCCUGGACCAAAUGGCACAGUCUUGAUGGAGACACACAAAACAGUUGGGCAACAGAUGCUGAGCUUCCCUCACCUCUUCCAGACCGCGCUGCACAUCGUCCAGGUGGUGGUCAGCUACUUCCUUAUGCUUAUCUUCAUGACCUACAAUGGCUACCUCUGCAUUGCCGUGGCAGCAGGCGCUGGGACAGGCUACUUCCUCUUCAGCUGGAAGAAGGCUGUGGUGGUGGAUAUCACGGAGCAUUGCCAUUAACACCAGACAACGGGUCCAGGCCUUUCCCUACAGCCUUUGGCAGGGACCAGGUGCAGCCCAGUCUUACUGGAAACCAGGCCAAGAACAUCCCAUAUGAUGCCCCCCCACCCAACUUUCUGGGGAUGAAACCUGUGCCUCUCACCUCUCUCCCCCCCCUCCCCAUUUAUCCCUCCUUCCCAAUAAACAUGGGCUCCUGACUGGUGGAAAGAGUGCUGAUCGCCAGCUAAGAUAGCCUGCUUAGAAUGGUUGGCUUUGUAUGCUAGAUAAAAUUAGUGUGUUUGAUUGUACUUUUUUGUUUUUAGACUGUACCAUGAUUGAAAAUAGCUGGCAAGCUGACAGGAAAAUUAUUCCACGUUCUUUUCAUAAUACUUUUAAGUAGCAUAUGCUCUCUUUUUUUUUUGCAGGGGUGGGGUGGACAGGGUGCAAGUGGAUGGCCAUACUCAAAUCAGUGGUAGCAGAAAGGUACAGAGAGCCUCAGUCAUUAUGCCAGUACUUCUUUCUGAUAAUAUAACAGAGGCCUGUGUCAUUUUCUUGGAGGCUCUUGAUCACUUGUUUCCUCAAUGUUUGAGUCUAGUAUUGUGCUCUUCUCCCAAACCCCCAGGCCAAGCAGUUUAUGCUGCCCUGGUUUUGGGCAGCCUGUUGCCUCUGGUCCGGGAACUGCUGCAGCACCUGCUUUCCAGAACAGCAGUGGGCCUCUACACAUCAGCCAGGGGUAAUAGGCCAACUUCUAGGAACAACACAUAGCUCGUGUGCAACUGGGACCUGCUGAUUUAACGGUGGGAUGUGCAAAAAUGAAUGCAAAUGAAACCAGUUUUCAAAGUAGCAAGUUCUAUUUUAAAUAAACUGAUGGAACAAAA